CGUCGUUUCACAAUCAAUUCGAGGGGAUUAUAUGGGUCAAAGCGCGCGCGAUAUCGGUUUACGACCGCCAACCGCGAUGGCAACAACCACCGCCUAUUUAUACGGCGCAGAGCUUUUUGUCAGUCGCGGGGUGGUUCUCGUCCUAAACAUCACAUCCGCCGAAAUGUGUGCCUUCCACGCUGACCGAGAGGAGGAGGACCGCGAGAGACGGCGGAGACGAAGCGCGAGGGAAGCCACGACAGGAACCACCGCCUCGGCUUUCUUCAGCGGGUUCAAACAUCCGCUGCACCAGCCGCUACCAGAUCUCUCGUUUACCACCCUCCUGCCGCCUCGGUUCACGCCUCAAAGAGGAACGCUCGUGCAUACGAGCGUUCAUUUCCCCUUUUCACGUCGGAAACGAAAGGAUGCGUUUCGAAUGCCCGCCUUUGCCCGCGGUUCUUCUCUCCGACGCCUCUCAAAGUCUCCGCUCUAUUUCCGGUUUUUCUCGCUGACAUCGUCGUGUUCUACUCUGCAAGUAUGUACCGAGAAGACUCUCUUGAUCGAUUGUGACCGCGUGUCUCGGAGGGAGACACAUCUGGACCAGGACGCUUGGACACGUCGGUCUUCUCCGAGACGAGAAAAGCGUGAAGGCGGAUGACUGGUGGACGAUGCCGGGCGACACGCAUUGUACGUCCGGACUCACGUGCACGCGCGAGAGAGGCAGCAGCUCGUCGAAUCACCAGCUGCCGAUUCGCCGAGUCGACUCCUGGAAGUACGGGAGUCGAUCUAAAAUUAGCUACCCCGGCAUGGCACCCCCGCCUAGCCCUUACAUGGCCACGUCACGGGCAUACACUCGGCUACUUCGAGAGAGAGAAAGAGAGGAGAGAAAAGGGAAACAAUAAUAAUCGUAGCCUGCCCGGCACGAGUUGAUCACGCGCGAGAUCUAGCAGCUGAAACUUAUCGACGUUUGGACCUUACUCCAGGAGCAAUCGGCGUAAGCUUGCAUUAGCGAAAUUGAAAGGAAACUUUGCAUUACGAAGUAACGGUAACUGCAAAAAAAAGAAUAAAGAUUUCUGUUUCUUUACAGGGAGAAAAGAUCUAUUUGUUUUUGUUCAUCUGUACUUUGCAUACUGUACACUUGAUUAAAUAAUGGCUGUUGAUUCUUUUAUUAAUUUAAAUACGUAAAAUAUAUAUUAUAUUAAACGCAAA